UGGAAACUCAGAAAUCUCCACAAGCUACAUUCAAUUAAGCAGUCCUCUUAUAUCAGUACUGGUGAACAAAUACAACGAUAACUAUGGAUUUCAGGGUAAUUGGUUUCAACGAUCCAUUCCUCUCAAGCCUUCAAGACAUGUUGGAUGCAUCAGAUCAUGAUGCUGAAAAAUCAGUGAACACGCCAUCGAGAAAAUAUGUAAGAGAUGCAAAAGCAAUGGCGGCAACACCGGCUGAUAUUAAAGAAUACCCAGAUUCAUAUGUGUUUGUACUUGACAUGCCGGGGUUGAAAUCAGAGGAAAUCAAUGUUCAGGUGGAAGAAAACAACAUGCUUGUAGUAAUGGGAAUGCGACAAAGGGAAGACGAGAAGGAAAAAGAAGUUAGGUAUGUGAGGAUGGAAAGAAGAAUUGGAAAAUUUAUGAGAAAAUUUAUAUUACCCGAGAAUGCUAAUAUUGAUGCAAUUUCAGCCGUUUGUGUAGACGGUGUCCUUACUAUUAUUAUUCACAAAUUGCCUCCACCUGAACCUAAGAAGCCUAGGACUAUUCAAGUUCAAAUUGGGUAAGAAAUUGUUAUUGCACCAGCAUUAACAAGCUUUUCAUGGAGUGGGGGUGAUACAAAUAAAUGUGUCUUUUGUUCAUUUUUUGCUUAAAAUGGUUCUUUUCUUUGUGUGUCCUAUUCUGUCUUACGAGGCGUGGUCCAUUCUGUACUUUUAUCAAAAAUAAAUAAGAUCCAAGUCUUUGGAUAUAAUUUGUUUUGUAUUGUGAAGCAUAUAACAUCCAAUUAGGAUCAAUUUUAUAAUCGAUUUCCAAUUUAAAA